AAACCAUCUUCCUCCUCUUUCGUCUCAAGAAUUUAAUCUUCACCUCAAAUUCAAAGAUUUUUUUUAAAAAAAAAAUCAAUGACCAAUCCUAGCGAAGCUUCUGCUCUAAGAUUCAUCGAGAAGCAUCUACUCGACGAGCUCUCUCCAGUAGCUACAGAUCGAUGGAUGAUACAGGAAUCACAAUCAACAGAAUCUAGCUCAGAUUCUUCUCCUACAAUCAUCGAUCUCUCGACGCCGAGAUUCAUAGAUUCGAGUUCAUUUGAAUUCAAUUCUGAUUACGAUUUUAAACCGUCUUAUCAAACCGGAAAUCAAUUCGAACCGGAGAUUAAAACAAAAUCAAACCGAAAACCACCGUUGAAGAUCUCCGUACCAACCAAAACCGAAUGGAUUCAAUUUAAUAACCCCAAACCGGAAGUUACUAAACCGGUUCAAACCGUUGAGAAGCAGCAUUACAGAGGAGUGAGGCAAAGACCGUGGGGAAAAUUCGCGGCUGAGAUUCGCGAUCCGAACAAACGCGGAUCGCGAAUCUGGCUCGGGACGUUCGAUACCGCGAUUGAAGCGGCUAGAGCCUACGACCAAGCAGCGUUUAGACUUCGAGGAUCAAAGGCUAUUUUGAAUUUCCCGCUCGAAGUUGGGAAGUGGAAGACACGCGCCAACGCUGACGGAGAGAAGAAACGGAAGAGAGACGAGGAUGUGACUGUGGUGAAGAAAGUGUUGAAGACGGAACAUAGCGUUAACGGCGAGGAGACUUUCCCGUCUAUAAAGUCAAACUUGACGGAGUUAUAUGACUGGGACUUAACGGGGUUUCUUAACUUUCCGCUUCUGUCGCCGUUAUCUCCUCAUCCGGGGUUUAGUUAUUCGCAGUUGACCGUUGUUUAAAAAAAGCAUAUACAUGUUUUUGGUUUAAUUCUAUCUGUUCAUUCUUUUUCAAACUAGUACAUUAUUUUAUUUAAUGAAGAAAUCAGAAUAAUUCAACCCUAUCAUUAAUGCCCAUUCCCGUUGAAAAUUUUAGUUAGAACCUUCAUAACGAUAAUUAAGGUUCAAACUUGUAAAGUUGACCUUAGUACAAAAGAGUUGUAGACACAAUCAGUGACCAUGAUAUGUCCGAA